AUGGCUUCCAAAAUGAUCCAAGUUUUCUUGAUGAUGGCUCUCUUCGCCACGUCAGCACUCGCCCAAGCCCCAGCCCCUUCUCCCACCGCCACGCCUCCUCCCGUUGCCACUCCUCCUCCCGUCGCAACUCCACCUCCCGUCGCUACUCCUCCUCCCGUGGCUACCCCACCACCCGCCGCAACCCCAGCACCAACCACAACUCCACCACCCGCCGUAACCCCAGCCCCCGCCGCUACUCCACCGUCCGUCGCUCCUACUCCAGCUGAUGUUCCCGCCGCCUCUCCACCGGCGCCAGAAGGUCCCGCCGUGAGCCCAAGUGGAGAGGGUCCCUCACCGUCAGGAGACGGGCCUCCCCCGAGCGCCGCUUUCUCCAACAAGGCUUUCGUCGCCGGAACCGCAUUCGCUGCAAUUAUGUACGCCGCCGUUUUGGCUUGA